AUGACGGCGUUUUUUCUACAGACACCAUGCUCAAGUUUUCCGUGUCGAAACGGUGCAAAGUGCGUUCCCAAUUACGGUGAAAAUCAAUAUUAUUGUGACUGCACUCCCGGCUACAAUGGAAGAUAUUGCGAAACAGAUAUCAACGAAUGUUUCAGUAAUCCCUGUUUAAACGGAGGAACGUGUGUUGACCAAGUUAAUGAAUAUCUCUGUAACUGCCAAGAUGGAUAUGGCGGAGUGCACUGUCAAACUAAUAUCAACGAAUGCUCCAGUAAUCCCUGUUUAAACGGAGCGACGUGUAUUGACCAACUUUAUGGAUAUCUCUGUAACUGCCAAAAGUAUGCUAAAUAUUGUAGUGAUGGGACGAUUUCACUCCUUCACACCAUCACUCCUUCACUCCAUCACUCCAUCACUCCUUCACUGGGUCACUGUCCUGUUAGAAAUUUGGAACCCGGAGGGAACUCCCACAUGAGGAGAUCAAACCAAGAUCAGCUGGUUACGCUUUUCCUUGGUUCAACAAUGACUACAAUUUACUGUCAUAUGGGAGACUUUGGAUGUGGAGAUGGGGGAUGGACGCCAGUCAUGAAAAUGGAUGGAAGCAAGAGUACCUUUCAUUACAACUCAGCAUACUUGAGCGAUACAAACUCCUACAACGCACCGGCAUGGGAGACUGGGUUUGACACUCAAGAGGCCAAGUUACCGACCUACUGGAACACACCCUUCUCAAAGAUCUGUCUCGGUAUGAAGAUCGGCCAACAGAUCAAAUUCGUUGCCAUGAGCAAGCAGGCUAGUUCUCUGCACUCACUGAUCGCUGAUGGCCAACUGACGCCUUACCUCACUGGGCCGCGACACAUGGAUCUCACUGAUGGGUUCAUAUGCCUCCUUACAAUCCGGAUAAUUGGAUUUGGAACAGGAGGGCGACAUAACGAUGCUAGCACGUGUGGAAACCAAGAUCAAACAGCCAUAGGAUAUAUCUUGGCGAGGACGCAACUUCCACAUGUUCGGCAGCAGGUUUCACAACAGCUGGGAGGUCUGUUUGUGGCACUGAUUGCAGGGGCUCAGUUGCUGGUUUUGCAACAGAGUGGAAAUCUGACCGCGGCAGUUCAGCUGCUUGUUUCACAACAGGCAGAGAAUCUGAUUGCCGCACCAUUCGCAGCUGACGGCGACUUCUUCGCAUUCCAAAGCCAUCUUGACGGCAGCCAUGGUUUGAAGGGCAGAGUUAAUGUACGCGGGGGAAAUCAAAUAUCUUACGGCAACUUUGCGGUUGACAAGUUUCACCGUCUUCAAGUAUCAGUUGGGUCAUCGACUGUGGUGUCCAACUACACUGAGUGCGCUCUGAGCUGUGUCAACAUUCCGCCAUGUUCUUCGUUUAAUGUGGCCUCAUCUCCUCGUUCAGACGGAAAAUACCGAUGUCAGUUGUUAAACGAAGACAAGUACUCGUCAAACUCAGGCCAGCUGGUCAGCUCACAGGAUUACCACCAUUACAGCAUCAAGACAGGAUGCUCGAGCUCACCUUGUCAAAACGGUGCAAAGUGUGUUCCCAAUUACAGUGAAGACAAAUACCAAUGUGAUUGUGUUCCCGGCUACACAGGAAGACACUGCAAGACAGAUAUCGACGAAUGUUCCAGUAAUCCCUGCUUAAACGGAGGAACGUGUGUUGACCAGGUUAAUGGAUAUCUCUGUAACUGCCAAGAUGGAUACGGUGGAGUGAAUUGUCAAACUGAUAUCAACGAAUGUUCCAGUAAUCCCUGUUUAAACGGAGCAACGUGCAUUGACCAAGUUAACGGUUAUGUUUGUAACUGCCAACCUGGAUAUCAGGGAGUCCAUUGUCAAACUAAUAUCAACGAAUGCUCCAGUAAUCCCUGUAUAAACGGAGGAACGUGUGUUGACCAGGUUAACGGAUUUGUUUGUAACUGCCAACCUGGAUAUCACGGAGUCCAUUGUCAGGCUAAUAUCAAUGAAUGUUCCAGUAAUCCCUGUUUAAACGGAGGAACGUGUGUUGACCAAGUUAAUAGAUAUAUCUGUAACUGCCAAGAUGGAUACGGUGGAGUUCAUUGUCAGACUAAUAUCAACGAAUGUUCCAGUAAUCCCUGUUUAAACGGAGCAACGUGUAUUGACCAAGUUAACGGAUAUGCUUGUAACUGCCAACCUGGAUAUCAGGGAGUCCCUUGUCAAACUAAUAUCAACGAAUGUUCCAGUAAUCCCUUUUUAAACGGAGGAAUGUGUGUUGACCAAGUUAAUAGAUAUGUUUGUAACUGCCAGCCUGGAUACAUAGGAAGUCGCUGCCAAUCACAGUUAUCGUCCUCAUGGCAGGAGUAUACGCCUGCAUGGUGUGGACACGGCAAUAGGGAGUUAAUACAACUUGGAGGUGGUAUUACAGAGGCGGAAUGCAAACAACGAUGUUCAAAUUGUGCGGCCAUUGAGUACUGGUCUGGACCAACGAAAGUUUGUUACAAGUGUCUUGAUCACACAAAGCGGACACCAUUUACUAACACUAAUGAUGGGGCGUACCCACCUCACGUGUUUAUAAGGAUGUGAUCCCCCAUUUCGCGCUAUCCGUUGCACGUCUCCUGAGAGACUGGAACGGGGUGGCGCAUGGUUUGUUUUUAUCAUCCAAACCUAGAUGGCGUCGCGUAUACGCCAUAUUGGACAACUGAUGAUGAAAAGCUGUCCCUGCAUGUAAACAAGAUAUAAAUUCAAGUAGUUAUUUCCGUAUGGCACGCGCACAGGUGCGAGCUUCUCGUGUAAACACCCCCUUAAUUUAUUCCGAAAUUGAAACGCAAAUACUCCAUGGGUUUAAGCUUAUCAGUUUAGAUUUAGCUCUUAAAAAUAAAUUACUUCUUUCAGAUGAAAGCUUGUCGUAUGUUUUUAGUCGUUUCUGCUGUAGGGAUCAGGGGAAAUUUUAUUAUUGAAUUUGUUUUCUGUUUCAUAUCGUUAUGUUUUAGGGCUCAGUUACCGGAAAGUAUUUGCUGUCCACCAUAUAACUUAAAAACAAACAUUUGUGAAAUGCCAGGUCCUUCCAAUCCAGAUAAUUUUCUAUGCGGCCCCGUGAAAAUAGUCCACCAAAAGCCUUCCGACGAAUAUUACUUAACAAACCUUCUAAAUAUCAUAUUCUCUAACCUUUUCCUAAUCUGUAACUUUGCCAAGCUUAGCUUAAUUGUUUAUGCUAACAGGAAAUUUGGAGGGUGGCUUUAGAUCUAGAUGUUUCAAAUUUCGAACGUCAUAUUGAGUGAUAAUUUCAUUUAACGAAAGCCUUUUUGCAAAUUUGUUAGUAAACUUUGCCUACAAGUCAAGCUAAAUUAUUCACGUCAUGCUAAUAACGAAAUUGUGAGAGCGGUCUAGCUCGAUUUUUAAUCAAGGCCUGAUGUUUGGCGCAGACUUUUAAUAAUUUUUUGUUUUGUUUUCAAUGUCGAUGAAUUUCAUAGGUGUUAGAAUCUGGUAGUGAUACUGCAGAUUGAAGUAAGUUUAACAAAUGAUGAUAACUUGGCGUU